ACGACUUAGCUAGGUCAUCCAACGACGUGUUGUGGCAGUAGCAGAACCAAAACACCACGUACGACCUAAUUUAUCAACCCAAAAACGAACAUCCAAAAUCGUUUUUUCUCAUUGCUCAUCGCGACCGAGACUGAAAACACCUGAUAAAAUCCUAAAAGACGUGAUAUUUUUUGUGAUACUAGUUUAAGUUAUUAAGUUACAAUUAUGCCGGCCCCAGUUCAAGAAUUAACCCCAACAGCGGAACAAGAAGACCAACUGGGAGACCUGAUACCUCCGGCAAAAGUACUGGAUCCUAGAGACUCAAUAUCUUCCAUUGACAGCGACGUUAGUCUCUCCUAUGAUCGAAAAUCAAGCCUCACCGAUACUCAGAUCACUGAAAACGAAGAUGAGGGUGCUCACAUGGGUGACCUAUCAGACAGCGCCUCCGAUACCGGAUCUGCAGGUGGAGGAAAAGACUCAGGUUGCGAGGUAACUCCCGAAGUCACCGAACCUCCUUUUACACCUCCCAGUGACGAAUUAGCUGAUAAAAUAGUCCAGCAAGUCGAAUUCUAUUUUUCUGACGCUAACAUCACGAAAGACGCGUUUUUACUGAAGCACGUGAAGAGGAACAAGGAAGGGUACGUUUCUCUUAAGCUUAUUUCUAGCUUCAAACGCGUCAAACAUCUUACAAAAGACUGGAGAGUUGUAGCUCACGCUUUAUCUCGUUCAAAAAAACUGGAAAUAAACGAUGCUGGUACCAAAUUGAGACGACUGGAACCUCUGCCUAAAUACGACGAAACCACUCCAUCCAGAACCGUUGUGGCUGUUCACAUGCCGAUCGAUAAACCAACCAUAGAAAAUGUGGCAGAAUUAUUCAGAAACUGUGGGGAAAUAGCACUGAUUCGUAUUCUUAGGCCUGGGAAUCCCAUUCCAGCCGAUGUGAGGCAGUUUAUCAACAAAAAUCCUUCUCUGGCUGGUGUGGUUUGUGCCUUGGUGGAGUUUGUUGCUUCGGAAUCUGCCAGGAACGCACUUCAACUCCAGACUUCUCUUGGAGAGCCUAUGAAGGUUUACGAGCUAAACAACGUACCUCAUCCGGAAAGAAAGAAGAAGAACAUCAAGAAGAUAGCUAAUAAUAACAAUAAUAACAACCAUAAGGGAUUUAGCUCGGAGUCUGACUAUAUUUCUUCGUGUCAAAGCGGUUCGGAGGCAGAAGACAUCAGAAAGUUCGAUCCUAGAGGAAAAAUGCGUAGAGGAUCCUCAGCUCAUUUCCCAUCGCGAUUCAUUGAACCGGCCGCCUGGCUUCAAAGACGCCUCUCAGCUUCUUCCACCGAAGCGAACUUUCUCUACAUGCCCCGCAGGUUAUCCUACAGUUCCAGAGAUUCCAGUGAUUCUAGCUUGUUUUUGCCGCGCAGGAUGAGCGCUUGUAGCGCCUCUAGCGGUGACAGUUUCAACAGACGAAUGUCAUCUGUCAGCCAAACCUCCGAAUCGUCGGGCGCCAAUAGAAGCAGGAGCAAUAGCGCUGCUUUCCAGAACUUUGAGAACGUUGUUAGGAUGCCCAAAGGGCCAGAUGGUAGCAGGGGGUUCAGGCAGAGACCUUCCUUACCGACCGUGGUGCAGUAGAUGAAUGGUUAGGUUUUUGUUGAUUUUUAUUUAUGUUUCUGGUUUAUUUAUUAUCAUUAUGUUCGCCUUCCGAGCCUUAAAGUUACUUUUUGCCAUAACUCAAAAUAGCAAAAAAUAGUAGAAAGAUACGCUUUUCUAAUAACUGAAUUUGCUGAAAUAACAUCAUCUGGCAUUAAGCACUAACAGUAAAGUGUCAAAAAGCUGAGCCUUUCAAAUACCGUCAUUAUUUUCAAAUAAAGUAAAGUCAGUUUUGGAUUGGCAUCAAUACAUCAUAUGCAUUAUAUUUCGAUACGUGCAAUGCAUCGUAUCGAUAUUAUCGAUACGAAAUAUUAAGCAUCGAACAUGAAACUAUCGAUAUUCUCGAUCCUAUUUUGCGAAAUUUCGUGCAUUCCUAAGGGACGCUUUUAUAAGUUUUAAUCGCUAAAAACUCAGAGAUAAUAAACUCUUCAGUAAUAAAAUUCAGUUAUAGAUUAGUAUAUUAUAAUAGAUAGACAAGUACCAUUUGAAUUCCUAAAAUUUAUUCGGAAUUAAAAAAAUACUCUAUUAAAAAUACUACUAAUUAGAAAAUUUGGUAUUAAAAAAAUGGUACGUCAAGCUCU